AUGGAUCAUUCAAACCCCCAGCCUCGCCGCCGGGAUCCUCGCGCUCAAUCUCCCGCUGAGUCCUCCUCCGAUGAACUCGCCGCCGGCUCCGCGCAUGACGAAGCCGAGCGCCGCCGAGCCAGCUGGACUAUGCAGAACGGCUUCACCCCACAGCGGCCGCAGCAGACCUCACGUCACUACAGCGAGUCUGAGAGCCCCGAUGAGCUAGCUGUGGAUGCCGACGAGUACUGGCGUUCCUCGCGCACCCGCAACCGCCACCGGAGCCCUUCCCCGAUCACCCGCCCUAGCAUGCAGGACGACCAUUCUCAGGGCGGAUCGGAUGAUCUUGCUGAACAUGACAUGGCUGACUCAGAUGCGGACCAGGCGGGCGACGCCGACAACUGGUCCGAUCGUUCUGCCACACCUCUUGCUAGUCCGGUGCCUCCCAAGCCCGAGCAUCUGAACUACAAGGAGAAGUUUGUUAUGCGCGGCCACCUGCGUGGAGUUUCCGCUGUGAAAUUCUCGCCUGACUGCUCUAUGAUCGCUAGUGCCGGCGCUGACGCAGCUGUCAGGGUGUGGGACACUGCGAGUGGUAGACUCAUUCAUAUUUUCGAAGGACAUCUAGCUGGUAUCUCUACCCUUGCUUGGGCCCCUGAUGGUGAAUGGAUUGCAUCUGGUUCCGACGACAAAACAAUUCGCCUCUGGAACGUGAACACUCUCAAAGCCCACACCAAGGUCUUUGAUGGCCACCAUAACUAUGUCUAUCAAAUUGCUUUUGCACCGAAAGGCAACAUCCUUGUCAGCGGUUCAUACGACGAGGCCGUGUUUAUGUGGGAUGUUCGCCGAGCACAGGUUAUGCGCUCCCUUCCAGCCCACUCCGAUCCUGUCGCUGGCAUUGAUGUUGUGCAUGAUGGAACCCUCAUCGCGUCAUGUGCUCUGGAUGGACUUAUUCGUAUCUGGGAUACCCACAGCGGCCAGUGUCUCCGCACCCUGGUCAUGGAAGACAACCCGCCUGCAACAUGCGUCAAGUUCUCCCCCAACGGCAGAUUUAUCUUAGCCUGGACCCUGGAUGGCUGCAUUCGGAUGUGGAGCUACGUUGAGAGCCGCGUCCUUAAGACAUUCCAAGGCCACGUCAACACGAAAUACAGCUUGCAAGGAUGCUUCGGUAUUUAUGGGCCCGGAGAUGUGAGCUACGACCCACCCCUGUGCUUCGCUGUUAGCGGGAGUGAGGAUGGUUCUAUCCUCUUCUGGGAUCUUGUGAGCAAGCAAAUUUUGCAGCGCCUUGAGGGUCACUCAGGGGCUGUACUCUGUGUUCAUACAGGUACACUGAACGGCAAACGUAUGGUUGCGAGCUGCGGAGCGGACAAGACUGUUCGUUUGUGGGAAGAGGUAGAUGAAGAUGACACCGAAUCCAACGACGAUGUGUUCAGCGGUGGCGUCACCCCUACCCCUGAGUCUCACUCGCAAAUCAGCAGCCCUACGCAUGAUGCCGAUGGUGAUAAUGCUAUGACUGAUGUGUCCGCUAUGCUUUCCACUGCCGCCACCCCGGCGGAAGAUGUGAUGAUGGCAUGA